AGGGACUACCCCCUGUCUGAAAGCCCCUCUGAUUCGAAAGGCUGUGCUCGGGCUUUCGAGGGGACGAGGAAGAAAUCUAAACGGCGUCAGUGCACUGGGCCUCAGCUGGCCAGGACGUAGUGAAGAGAUUUUGAUAGUAAAACCAAUACGAUUUGUUCUCAUGUUCGGGUGGUAGCCACUGUUUGGGCUCUCGGGCGAUACUCGAGUGUUGGAGAGUGUUGGUUUCACUCUCUUGCAAACCCGCUUCGACAUAACUGGCUUUCAGACGAAGGAGGAAAAGCACGGCUGUUCCUCUCUGUCAACUUUGUCACUGGUCGUUGAAAGCUGAUUUCUUUAUUCAAACGGUGUGUUUGUGUUUAACCGUUGUUACAGUUUGUGCAUGGUGCCAUGUUCACGUGUGAUUGUUGGCUGGGAUGACUUUUUCAUGAGGUAGCAACGUAAUUACCGCUCUUCAAAUCAAAGUGGAACCACACCCGGUUAUGUUCUACCAGUGUGCCACUUUUAAAUCAGCAAGACUGUGAGAGUGUUUUCUUUCCCUUUGGAGUUUGUGUGUGUCAAGUUAACAGCUAAACGGGAAGUACUUGACACGAAGAGCAGAUGACAAAUAAUGACUGGUUUGAGGGCUCGGCUCUUGAGUGAUCCAACUUCAACUUAAACGGUUUGGUGGUGCCAUACAAAUCACAAGUGACUACUUGAUUAUGUGCUAACCGAUUUCCUCAGGAUUAAACAGAUCAAAUUCUCAUCAUGUCUUGGGAGGAACGUUUCAAUCUUAGAGGCCAGGAGACGUCCCAGAUGAACUCGUCCGAACCCCCGGACACAACCCGUCACACCACCAUGGCGUCUACCUUGGAUAAGAUGGUUGACACGGCGGUGAAGUUGGACGAGACACGGUGGUGCUUCGCCGGGGUGGAACGCUCUUCGUGCCGCAUCGGCUACCGAGAAAGUUGCUCCGAUUCGAACUCAUCCACUGACUCUGACGAGAGUAAGACUUCAAGAGAGCUCGGAGCAACACACGAGGGACCCUCUUCAGAAAGCAACACCAAAUCAGGAGACGAGACCGGGCCGCAUUCACGGAGGCAAGCAGGCGGUAAAGGGGGCUUGGGGAUUAAAUCCACCGGGAAGAACUUGAAACACAACAGGUUGAGUAUCAACUCACGGGAGAGGCGACGAAUGCAUGAUUUGAACGAUGCACUGGAUGAACUUCGCUCAGUCAUUCCUUACGCGCACAGUCCCUCCGUGAGGAAACUCUCUAAGAUUGCUACACUCCUCUUAGCAAAGAACUACAUCCUGAUGCAGGCAAAUGCACUGGAGGAGAUGAAGAGGAUGGUGAGCUACGUGAAUCAAUCCCAGCUUCACAUCUCGCCUCCUCCUCCCUACUUCAGUGGCUACCCUUUCCCAAGCUAUCUGUCGCAGGACAAGAGUCCGAACAUUGCACCGUCAUCCGCGUCGGCAGGCACGCCGGCCAUCGUGCCGUCGUUCCCGGCGAGACAAGUGCCAUCGGCCGUGUCGCCUCCCGGACUUCUGCAACCUCAUUCGGUCACGCAAACCACGUACGCAACUCCGUCGUGUCAACAGUGUGUGGACAAACCUUGAAACAACUUAAAACACUUUCUCGAGUGACUGAGUCUAAGACUUGUUCCUUGCGUGAUGUGACUACUCAAUUAGAAGUUUUAUUUAUAACCGUCUUCAAGUUAUUUGUUAGAACGCACACGUUGCAAGUGUAUAACCCAGGGUAUUCAGACGCAUUGUUAUCAAUGGUUUUGAUGAAGAUAAACAAUGACAAUAUUAAAGACAUAUAUUUUCAUUCCUUUUUCAUAUCAUCACUCGCUCUAAUAUAGAUGUUAAUUUUGCAUUGGGGCAAAUAAUAUGUGUUUACCUUCACACCCAUGUGCAUUAUGAAACUCGGUGGUUUCCGGAGUUCUUUAAAAACGCCAAAUCACUCGAAGGUGGGAUUUUUAUUGCUAGGAAGAGCAAUUUCUUACCCUAGACACCACCGAGCUAGCCCAGUGGCUUAAGGCAGUUCGAACCCUAUGCGUUUUAGCAGCGUGCACCGCCACGAUAACGCGCUCUAUUUUUAUAGGCACUGGACACUAUUGGUAAUUACUCAAAAUAAUUGAUAGCAUAACAAUUUACU